AUGGCCACGCUUCAGAUAUUUGCAAUGCUGUUGCGGCCACGGAAGGACAACAAGUUAAGAUUCUUUUGGAAUAGCUACCACCAUGGAGUUGGAUGCUCUAUCCUUAUCCUUGGAGUCAUCAAUGUUUUCAAAGGUCUUAGCAUAUUUAACCCAAAGCAUACUUACAAAACCGCUUAUAUCGUUGUUAUUGCGACUUUAGAAGCAUCACUUUGCUCCGAGAAGCUGUAA